AUGUUGCAGAUCCUUUUCGCUGUGGAAAACGCUGUCGCAGAACGUUUCCGGCCUCACCCAGACCAAGACAUGCAAGGAAAACAACCCGAUAACGAAUCCGAUGAAAGUCCACACGACCGUCGAGUAGUGGAACUUCGUAAAAAUACUCCUUCGUGGUCUAUGGGGUAUUUUCAGCACUCUGGAUGGAAUUCUUACCAUUUUCUUUGGACAUUUGGAACUUCUGAAAGCAAGAUAUUCCAUACAGGCGAUAAACCUUAUCACUAUGAUAUCUGUGGUAAAUCAUUCUCUGGGAAUAGUCAUUUGGCUAUACACAAGCAUAUCUAUACAGGCGAUAAGCUGUAUCACUGUGAUAUCUGUGGUAACUCUUUCUCGCAACUACAUAACUUAACCGCUCACAAACGUAUCGAUACAGGAGAUAAACCUUAUCACUGUGAUAUCUGUGGUAAAUCAUUCUCUGGGAAUAGUCAUUUGGCUAUACACAAGCAUAUCUAUACAGGCGAUAAGCUGUAUCACUGUGAUAUCUGUGGUAACUCUUUCUCGCAACUACAUAACUUAACCGCUCACAAACGUAUCGAUACAGGAGAUAAACCUUAUCACUGUGAUAUCUGUGGUAAAUCAUUCUCUGGGAAUAGUCAUUUGGCUAUACACAAGCAUAUCUAUACAGGCGAUAAGCUGUAUCACUGUGAUAUCUGUGGUAACUCUUUCUCGCAACUAUAUAACUUAACCGCUCACAAACGUAUCGAUACAGGAGAUAAACCUUAUCACUGUGAUAUCUGUUGUAAAUCAUUCUCUGGGAAUAGUCAUUUGGCUAUACACAAGCAUAUCUAUACAGGCGAUAAGCUGUAUCACUGUGAUAUCUGUGGUAACUCUUUCUCGCAACUAUAUAACUUAACCGCUCACAAACGUAUCGAUACAGGAGAUAGACCUUAUCACUGUGAUAUCUGUGGUAAAUCAUUCUCUGGGAAUAGUCAUUUGGCUAUACACAAGCAUAUCUAUACAGGCGAUAAGCUGUAUCACUGUGAUAUCUGUGGUAACUCUUUCUCGCAACUAUAUAACUUAACCGCUCACAAACGUAUCGAUACAGGAGAUAAACCAUAUCACUGUGAUAUCUGUGGUAAAACCUUCUCUCGCAGACAAAACAUGGCUACUCACAAGCGUAGUCGUACCAGCAAGAAGCAAAUUCUGUGUGAUAUCUGUGGUAAAUCGUUCUUCCAAAAGAGCAGCUUAAAAUUACACAAAUCAAUCCAUACUGGCGAGAAACCAUAUAUUUGUGAUAUCUGCGGCAAAUCAUUCUCUCGGCAGACGUACGUGGCUAUACACAAAAGUGUUCAUACCGGAGAGAAACGAUAUCAUUGCAAUGUCUGUGGGAAAUUAUUCGCUCAUGGAAGCAGCUUAACUGAGCACAAACGUAUUCAUACAGGAGAAAAACCGUACAACUGCGAUGUUUGUGACAAGUCUUUUCCUUCGAGAAAUCACUUAGCUUUUCAUAAACGUACACAUACAGGAGAAAAAUCACAUUGCGAUAUCUGUGGUAAAUCAUAUUCUAACAAUAGUACCUUAAACGCACACAAGCGUAUUCAUACGGGAGAGAAGCCAUAUCAUUGUGAGAUCUGUGGUAAAUCAUUCUAUCGUAAUAGUCAUUUGGUUACUCACAAUCGCAUCCAUACAGGAGAAAAUCCAUAUUGCGAUAUCUGUGGUAAAUCAUUCUGUAACAAUAGUUCCUUAAAAGGACACAAGCGUGUUCACACGGGAGAGAAACCAUAUCAUUGCGACAUCUGUGGGAAAUCAUUCGCUUUUGGACACAGCUUAACUGUACACAAACGUACACAUACAGGAGAGACGCCAUACAACUGCGAUGUUUGUGACAAAGCGUUUCCGGCAAGACGUGCCUUAAAUUUUCAUAAACGCAUUCACACAGGAGAGAAUCCCGUAUCGUUGUGAAACUUGUGGUGAAUCAUUCUCCCGAGAAACUUACUUAUCAAAACAUGUGUGCGUUCAUCCCAAAGCAUAAAUGACAUUACCUAUUUCUUUAUUACCCACAAGGGGCUUAACACAGAGAGGACAAACACGGACAGACAAAGGGAUUAAGUCGAUUACAUCGACCCCAGUGCAUAACUGGUACUUAUUUAAUCGACCC